CUCAACUGCUUGCUGUUUGGAUGUUCGUCUCCCGGCGCUUGAGAGCCAUGCCAAUCUCAGCCAUUGUCGCGGACAUGUUUGGAGCACCUGAGGUCUUGCAACUGCGCCCUGUAGAGCUGCCAGCUCUGAAGCCUAACCAGGUCCGCGUGAAGAUGGAAGCUGCUGGGGUGAACCCCUCGGACACCUACCUGCGCCUGGGCAUGGAGGGCCCCUAUGCCGCGGUGCCGCACCUGCUGCCGCAACUCCCCUGGACACCCGGGAGGGACGGCGCCGGCACGGUGGAGGCUCUGGGCGAAGAGGUGGAAACCGCGCGCCUGGCGGUGGGGCAGCGGGUGU